UGUUCUAUAUUCUCAUUACGAAACCUGGCUUGCCCAACGUUAGAUCGUACAAUCAAAAUUGUAUUUUCUUGAACAAAAAUAAAACGUGAUGGAUAAAACCAGCCAAGGGACUGAGGAGGAAGAGGAGGAGAUCAGCCAAUGCUCCGAAAUGAGGUACAGCCAAAAUGAUACUAAACUCAAUGAGCUCAGCCAAAUGAUGUGCGAACUGAAAGAAGAAAUAUACCGCAUGCAGGUCAAGAACACAAAUAAAAUGAAUAAAGUGCAAGACAUGGUGACCUGCUUAUAUGACAGUGCCAAGACCAAGGAGGAGACUAAGGAGGAGCCUAAGGUGGAGACCAAGACGACACCUACACCUAAUUACUCGCGGGACAAUCAUCCGCUGGCCUUCCCGAAGCCGGACUCUUCGAAUACCCAACAGAAGAAGGAUCCUUGGGCACCAGUACAAAAGACGGGAAUGUCCUUGGCGCCCAAGUCACCGCCGCCCAUGUCUCAGCCCCCUUGCCAGUCCAUGCCGCCCAUGUCGCCGCCCCCUUGCCAGUCCAUGCCGCCCAUGCCGCAGCCCCCUUUCCAGUCCAUGCCGCCCAUGUCGCCGCCCCCGGGCAGUUCCAUGCCGCCCAUGUCGUCACCGCCGCCGCCGCCCCAUUCUAUGCCGUACUCUUCGCAGUUGCCAAUAUCCUGGUCGAAUCCACAAAACUACCACCAGAGGAGCCAAUCGAAUCCGGCUCAGCGACCUUUGCGUAGACAGAGGCGUCCUGAUCCUGAAAAAUUGAAUAUCCUAAAGGCCACUCUUCGAGUGGUCGCUGAACUAAACAUUGACGAGUUGAAGAGACUGGAAUGGCAUUUGCACGAUAAAUUAACUUAAUACGAAAAUCAAAUCAUUAACUUACCCUUGGCUAAACACAAUCAAAGAAUUAUAUAGAUUUUAAAAUACUGCAAUGGCAUUUGCACUAUAAAAUAUG